AUGGUUGGCUCUGUAUCGCUCGUUACAUUGACGUUGUUGUUGAACGCAGGUGUGAGUUUUGCCUCAAAUGAUGCUGCAUCUUUAGCUGGAACAUGGUCUUCGAAGUCAAAUCAAGUGUUUACUGGCCCCGGAUUCUACGACCCUGUUGAUGAAUUAUUAAUUGAACCCUCUCUUCCAGGUCUCUCUUACUCUUUCACUGAGGAUGGGUAUUUUGAGGAGGCUAAUUAUCAGGUAAAAGCUAAUCCUAAGGACCCAGGGUGCCCUGUUGCAUCGCUGAUCUAUCAGCACGGGACAUACAGAUUGCUGGAUAACGGGACUUUGGUUUUGAGUCCAUUCGCCGUUGAUGGAAGACAGUUGCUAAGCGAUCCCUGUAAUGAUAAGGGAGUCUCUACUUACAGCAGAUACAACCAAACGGAGAUCUUCAAGACGUUUGAUGUGCAGAUUGAUGAUUACCAUGGGAUUUACAAGUUACAACUCAAUCAAUGGGAUGGAUCACCCAUGCAACCUCUGUAUUUGGCUUACAGACCGGCUAUGAUGCUACCUACAGUAACAUUGAACCCAACAGUGGCUUCUGAUGGCGCCCAAAGCACGGAUUCUGCCAAAGAGAAGAGAUCUUUGAGACACUUGGUGAGAAGAAGUUUGGAGAACAAGCACAGAACCAACGCCGUCAAAAAGACUCCCAACGGGAUGCUGAAUUCGGACAUGUUCUGGUAUCUGUCUGCUGGUAUGAUUGGUGUAGGUUCCCUGGUCUUUCUGUCCAGCUAG